AUGGCGCAGCCUUCUGCGCGCGGCUUGCGUGCCCUGCGGGCUGCCGCAGCGACAUUACCGCCCUCGGCGCCCGUCUCGGGCCAGCAACUAUCACAGACUCAACAUCGGUCAUUCUCAUCAAGACCACUGCCACCAACGCCGGCACCACGCAGCCUCUCGGGCCAGCGGACACGGCCAAGACAGUCGUUGGUGUCUGGCGAGCCAUUGUGCCGCCACCGCCAGCUGCAGCUCCAGACAGCGAGCGCGCGCAGGUCGUUUCACUUUGCGUCAAUCGCGAAUGCCACAGUCGACGCCGCCGAGGCUGCCAUUGCUCAGCUGCACGCCGUCUCCCACACGCCGUGGUACGUCACCAUCCCGCUCGUCGCGCUGGGUGUCAACCUCGUGUUCCGCCUGCCCUUCACACUGCACGCCCGCAAUCUUGUGAUCAGGCGCGAACGCCUUGCGCCGCUGCUUCAAGCCUGGACCACUCUACACGGCAAAGAGAUUAUCAACGAGCAGAAGUUGCGGUCACGACAGGGUCUGCCAAUGCCGAAAACUCAUGUGGAGGUUAUGAAGCGGUACAGAAAAACCGCCAACCGUGUAUUCGGAGCCUUUGGCUUGCAGCAGUGGAAAUUGUAUAGCAACAUCCUGUCGCUGCCGCCAUGGCUUGUCGUGAUAGAGGCCAUCCGGCGAAUGUGCGGUGCACCAACGGGCCUGCUGGGCCUGCUGUUCCGUAGCGGUGGGGCUGGUGCUGCUGGUGCUGCAGAGACAAGCGCCUCCGCAACAGCUGCUGCGGCCGCUUCGGCGUCGGCAGAGUACGUGGACGUUGCGUCCAUUGCAAGCGCAGCGCCACCGUCGUCGACCGCGACCGACAGCGUCUCGUCGCUAGUGGACCCUACUUUUGCUACGGGCGGCUGUUUGUGGUUCCCUGAUCUCACCGUGGCCGAUCCUUGCUAUGUUCUUCCGUUUGCGCUGUCGGCUGCACUGGUUGUCAACAUCCUUCCGAAGACGGACGCCGCUCGCCGGGCGCUCUUUGGACUUAAGCCGGCAGCAAGCUCGAGCGGUGCCGUUGCAAUAGAAUCCAAAGGCGCACAAACUAUUCUGCGCGCCCUGCUCCUUUUGUCGCUCAGCGUUGGGCCCCUAACGCUGCACUUCCCGGCUGCCAUCCAUCUCUACUGGCUGUCGUCUGCCGUAGCCACACAUAUCAUCACGCGCUGCAUCCGUCUCCUCCGGCCAUUGCGCAGCAGCACGAGCAAGCCGGCUCUCAGCCAAGACAUGCCCUGGAUCAGGCCUCGGGCACCGGGAGGCAGGCCUUCCGAGAAGCACUGA